AUGCCCAUGAACCUUUGUCCAAUUUGUGACUUUAUCAAACCAAUCAACCAAUGCAUACUUUGGUCACAUUCCUUCACACCUGUUCUCACGUCAAGACUGGAGCUGUCUUCCUUGAUCGCAAUUUAUGGACCUGUUAUUGUUUUUAUUCUUCUCAACAAGUUGCACUCAUGCCUCCUUGACCUUACAGUCAACCUCAGCGUAACCCUUGUUCAGAGUCACCAGCAUCCCUCAGGUAUGAACAUCAAGGACAAAACACUCACAAAGCAGCCAAAUAAAAAGAGCUCAUCAAUGUACACAUUCUUCUUCUACAAGACUACCAUAUCUGUACAAAUCUCUGACAACAAUUCUUUUUCAGAGAAUGUAGAAGACAAUGAUGAUCAAGAUUCUUGCCCAGAAAAAGACACCACUGCCAAAAAGGAAGAAGAGGAUCCUGAUCUUAGAGGAAAUAGUGUUGCUAAAGACCAAGAAAGUGAUGAGCCAGGUCUAGCAAAAGAUAUUGGUUCCAAAGAUGAAGAGCCUCAAACAGGUGGCCCAAAAUCAACUUUGGGUAACAUACAUAGGGAACCUUUCUUGACCUCAUCUUCUGAUUGGCCUUCAAUCAAUCUACCCAUGGGGCAAGCUAGAAGAGCUGAAUGGGAAUUGCUUGCAGAUAUAUUUGAUCUUGACGCUACACAUUGCGGAAAUGCACUUCCAAUCUCUUUGAUAAAUGGUUCUCAAAACCAAUUUCAAGCAGGUGUCUGCCUCAUGCAGCAGGUACUCCAAGAGCUUGGCAAACAAUCCACUGAAAAUCAGGCUACUGCAACUUCAGCAUCCUGGGCGCUGAGGUUGGAUUUUGGUGUACCUUGGAAGGCGGAAACCCUUCCUCCAAUCUUGGGUGAUACAUUAGAUGAUCUGACAGCUCAUGCAAAGUUUGUGAUUGAAUUCAAGGAUUGA